GGCAAGGAGUGUUGGGCCCACAAAUUUAGGGUGGCCCGUAGACGACGGUCGGCGAAGGGGGCGUGUGGGUUUAGGUGGCCGGAAGCACAUUCGGAAGGGCAAGCCAAGGCAGGGGGGAUGAGCCUGUUGACGGCGGCGGCGCUGCAGGGGGUGGCGCUGGCCAGGAUCUUCGGACACGUCCUGAAUCCUUUGGGGAAGCGGUCCCCUCACAAGAUCCUCCGGAAGAAGCUCAUCGGAGACAAGGUCGCCCAGUGGUACCCUUACGACAUCAAGAAUGACGAUCCCCUCGUCCUCGCUCGCGAGGAGAAACUCGAGCAUGGAGGAACUCUACCAUGGCCAACAAAGGCUUGUUGGGGUAGAGAGCUCGCAAGAGGAAGCAGAGUCCAGGAUCGACAAGGUCGAGGCCCUAGUCGACCGACUGUCUGAUGACACCAAAGACUCCGUGCAACACUUACAGGAUGUUGUGGCGGAAUUCACUGCAAAGGUGGCCAUGCUCACAAGAACACUAAAUGUGGGAGGAAGCAACACCCGCGUUGUACCGCCACAAAAUUUGAGGGCACCUGAGCCUCAUGGAUAUGGAGGGGCCAGAGAUGCCAAAGAGCUCGAGAACUUUCUGUUCGACAUGGAACAAUACUUCCGAGCUACGAGGCCCGAUUCUGAAGAUACCAAAGUUUCUAUAGCAACAAUGUAUCUGAACGGAGAUGCGAAACUUUGGUGGCGAACCCGUUGGGAGGAGAUCCAACAAGGUCGGUGUCGAGUCGACACAUGGGAGGACUUGAAGCGGGAGUUGAGAACUCAGUUCCUGCCGGAGAACACAGAGUUCGUCGCAAGAAGGAAGUUGAGACAACUCCGCCAGAGUACCACCAUCCGAGACUAUAUGAAGCAAUUUUCUGUACUAAUGCUGGACAUACAAGACAUGUCCGAGAAGGAUAAGUUGUUCAGCUUCCUUGAUGGUUUGAAUCUAUGGGCUCAACAGGAGCUAAAUCGAAGGAAUGUUACCGAUGUGGUUGGGGCAAUUGCUGCUGCAGAAAGGCUCACCGACUUUGUUUCCUCCGAAGACCCAAGCAGAAGGAAACAAUCUUCAGGCAAUCGCCCUCCAAAACAUUCUCGAGGGAAGGAGCUCGGGGGCGAACAAAAGAAGAGUUCCCACAAAGGGCCAAACCCGAAAGGCAAGGCCUCAAAACCUGGAGGAUGUUUCUUGUGCAGAGGACCGCACAUAGUGAGGGAGUGCCCACAAAAACAGGCACUCAAUGCUUUGACGGCUUCCAUCCACCCCCCUCGAUCAGACAAGGGCAAAGCUGUUGCUCUUAGUUCGAGCAGUUCUGAAUCCAGCAGCGACGACGAGGAGUCGCAAGGACCCCGAAUGGGAGCAAUGCGUUUGUUGAACGCUAUGCGGGGUCAAGUGGGGGAGAACAUGAAGACAAAGUUACAAAAAGCAGGAAGUAGUGAGCUGAUGUAUGUGGACAUCAAGCUAAAUGGCUAAACGACCCGUGCAAUGGUGGACACGGGCGCUACCCACAACUUCAUAGCUGAUCGAGAAGCACGACGACUUGGGUUGAUCUUGGAGAAGAGCCCAAGCCGAAUGAAGGCGGUGAACUCGGAGGCCAGGCGAAUCUCCGGGUUGGCGAAGGGAGUUCCCAUCAAAAUCGGGACAUGGAGCGGGAACACUAACAUGAUGGCCGUGCCACUGGAUGACAUCCAAGUGAUUCUUGGAAUGGAGUUUAUGCACGCGGCGAAGUUGGUGCCGAUGCCGUUCUUGAGCUCCUUAUGUAUGAUGGGAGGCAAUGACCCCUGCGUGGUUCCCGUCUCUCGGAGAGGAACCAAGGAGCCCCAACACAUAUCGGCAUUACAACUAAAGAAAGGGGUGCGAAAAGGCGAAUUGACAUUCGUGGCUGCUAUGAAGCUAGAGCCACUCAACGAGAAGGCCAUGCAAGAACCUGCUGUGGUGGCGAACGUCCUGAAAGAGUUCAAGGACGUUAUGCCACCCGAGUUACCGAAGACUCUUCCACCACGCAGAGGCGUGGAUCACGGCAUCGAGCUAGAGCCAGGAGUGAAACCUCCACCGAGACCACCCUACCGCAUGCCCCCGCCAGAGUUGGCCGAACUCAGGAAGCAGUUAGGUGAACUGCUAAGCGGUGGUCUCAUCUGCAGCUCUAAAGCACCUUUCGGAGCUCCAGUUCUCUUUCAGAAGAAACAAGAUGGGAGCCUCCGAUUAUGCGUCGACUAUCGAGCCCUCAACAAAGUGACAGUGAAGAACAAGUAUCCCAUCCCACUCAUUCCGGACUUGUUCGACCAAUUGGGCAAAGCUAAGUAUUUCUCAAAACUCGACCUUCGGUCGGGGUAUUGGCAGGUGCGCAUUGCUGAAGUUGACGAAGCGAAGACUACCUGUGUGACCAGGUAUGGAGCGUUUGAGUUCUUGGUGAUGCUUUCGGCUUAACCAACGCUCCGGCCACAUUCUGCACUCGCAUGAACCAGCUAUUCAAGGAGUAUUUGGAUAAGUUCGUGGUCGUCUACUUGGACGAUAUCGUCAUCUACAGCUAAACGCUCGAGGAGCACGUCAGGCACCUUCGGACGAUUUUCAAGGUUCUCAGGGAGAACACUUUGUUCGUGAAAAGGGAGAAAUGCUACUUUGCUCAAACUGAGAUAUUAUUCUUGGGACAUCGAAUCGGUGAUGGCUCCAUUCGGAUGGAUAAGUUGAAGGUGCAAGCGGUUGCGGAAUGGCGAACUCCAAAGAAGGUGCCAGAGUUGAGAUCCUUCCUUGGUUUCGUCAAUUAUUAUCGACCCUUCAUAGCGGGAUAUUCGAAGCGUGCAACCCCACUGACGGAGUUGCUGAAGAAGGAGCAGCCUUGGAAGUGGUCUGACAAAUGUGAAAUAGCAUUCCAAGAUCUGAAGGCUGCUGUUAUGGAAGAACCAGUGCUCAAAUUGCCAGACUAUGGGGAGCCUUUUGAAGUCCAUACAGAUGCUUCGGACUUCGCUAUUGGGGGAGUACUCAUGCAGGAGGGUCAUUCGGUGGCCUACGAGAGCCGAAAACUCAACGAGACAGAGCGGAGGUAUCCAGUGCAUGAGAAGGAGAUGACAACAGUGAUCCACUGUCUACGAGUUUGGCGACACUAUCUCCUCGGAUCGUGAUUUGUGCUGAGGACAGACAACAUCGCUCUGAGCUAUUUCCAAACUCAGAAGAAGCUCUCCCCAAAGCAGGCGCGUUGGCAGGACUUCCUGGCUGAAUUUCAUAUGGCAAUGAAGUAUAAGCCUGGGAAGGCAAAUGUCGUGGCCGAUGCAUUGAGUCGGAAGGUGGAGCGUGUGAAUGCCGCACAAUUGGAGGGCGGAAACCAAGCAAGUCAGUUGCACUCCAACUUCCUUUCCAGAAUCUGGGAUGGACUGUAUAGUGACCCCCAGGCAGUUAUCCUGAUGCAGCUCAUCAAAGAAGGCAAGGCACGACGAUUUUGGGUCCAGGAGAGACUCGUUUACACAAAAGGGAAUAGGGUUUAUGUUCCCCGAGUGGACAAUUUGAGGCGUGGACUCUUAAAUGAGUGUCACGAUUCCCUUUGGGCUGGACACCCAGGCAUUCAUAGGACGUUGGCUCUCGUGGAGAGGGUCUUCUAUUGGCCGAAGAUGGGGACUAAUGUGGAGGAAUAUGUUCGAACAUGCCUUACUUGCCAACAAGACAAGGUGGAGCAGCGGAAGCCGGUGGGACUUUUGGAGCCGUUGCCCGUACCAGAAAGGCCGUGGGAGAGCAUUUCCUUGGAUUUCAUAUCAAGCUUGCCACUUGUAGGGAGACUCGGAUCGAUACUCGUGGUGGUCGAUCGGUUUUCAAAGUAUGCAGCUUUCAUUGUUGCUCCCCUACACUGUUCAGCAGAGGAGGCGACCAAGCUGAUGAUGAAGGAUGUGGUGAAGUAUUGGGGAGUCCCACACAAUAUCAUUAGUGAUUGAGAUGCUCGGUACCUGGGACGAUUCUGGACCGAGCUAUUCAAAUUGUUGGGGUCGAAGUUAUACUUCUCUAGUUCUACAAGCCUCCACCCCCAGACGGAUGGCCAGACUGAAAGGAUAAACUCGCUCCUAGAGCAAUAUCUCCGGCACUACGUGAGUGCCAACCAACGAGAUUGGGUGAAGCUGUUGGACAUUGCCCAAUUCUCCUACAACUUGCAGCGGAGCUCUGCAUCCAACAAGAGCCCCUUCGAGAUCAUCACAGGACAACGACCGUCAACUCCGCACACCAUGGCAAUUGGGUAUACUGGGAGUAGUCCAUCAGCCUAUCAUUUCGCAAAGGAGUGGCAUCGAAAUGCAGAUAUUGCGCGGGCUUACUUGGAGAAGGCGACAAAAAGGAUGAAGAAGUGGGCAGACUUGGGAAGGCGACCGCAAGAGUUCAAAGUUGGCGAUUUGGUGUUGGUAAAGCUUCAACCGGCAUCACUCCAAUUCUUUAGGAACAAAGUCCACAAAGGAUUGGUGCGCAAGUAUGAUGGGCCCUUCCCAAUUAUCAGCAGGGUAGGCAACGUCUCUUACAAGUUGCAGCUGCCGGCGUGGUUUAAAAUUCACAACGUUCUUCACGCCAGCAACCUAAAAGCCUACCACUCGGAUCCGCAAGAUGCUUCCCGAAGUGUUCCAACUCGACUACCUCCCAUCACAGCCUCCUACGAGAAGCGAGUUGAAACCAUUCUGGCGGACCGCAAGAUAAAGCUACCCAACGGAGCUGAGCAGAUAGAGUACUUGGUGAAGUGGUGAAAGCUUCCCCGAACUGAAGCCAGUUGGGAGCCUGAAGACACCCUACGACAUGAAGAAGAAAUCAUCAACAACUACCAACAAGCGUCGACAGUUUAAGUGGGGAAGAAUGUCACGAACGGUCGUCGCGCACUCGCAACAACUCCGUUCAACGAACCGUUCGUCAAUCACACCUACAUGUACAGCUACUUAACAGCAUGUUUUCUCUUGGUUUUAGGUCAUUUUGCUUGUAAAAAUGUAAGUUCAAACAAGCUACAGCGUUACAAAGCGAUCGCUCACCGAACCAAGCAAAACAGCUCCAAAACAGCCCAAAACAGCUCCGUUUUCGCGUGCCGCGGGCUGAUUUCUGCAAUCUGCCUCCGCUCACCAAAACGUCAGCCAUCUCAGCCCCUUUGAACCCCCCGGGUGGCACAGGGCUGGAUGGGGCUUCGGAUAUAUAAAGGGCGUUGAACUCUCUUUCGCAAGUUCGCACAUGGCCUUUACGGGAACUUGUUGUCGCGCCCGGGACCAGGUGAGCGGCUGUUUGUGGGCUUGCAGCUGUUCGUCCAACCUUCCAAAGCCCUUGUUUUCCCCCCUCUCCCUCUUUUCUCUUGUGCACGCAAGGUGCUCGCUGAAUUGCUUGUAAAGCUUCCUCUUUUCGCGAGACGUCGGGACUUGUCCGUCGCUCGUUCUUUCGAACUAAUCAACUUUCUCUUUUUACAGGUCCUUCGGGACCUGCUAGAGGUUACAAAUGGGCUGAUCCUUGCGGAGCAAUAUCGCAAGGGCGAAGCGCGACUUAGACAACGCAAGCUAAGUUCGCGUCUUUGCCGCAAGGGUGACUCGCGACUUAGGCAACGCAAGCUAAGUUCGUGUCUUUGGCCGCAAGGGUGCCUUACGCCUUAGGCAAUUCCAACUAAGGCCGUGACAGUUAAGCGUAAUAAAUAAUUGUCUCAUUUUCAGACUAUCUCCGUAGCUUAUCAUUUGCGUGACUAUCUAUGUUUAAUCACACCCUUAUGUGCUAGAUAGAGAGACCUGUAAGCAUGGGAGAAGGUAAUUGAUCCUUCAGUGUCAUGGACCAGUGUUUGUGUAAUGCACCGUGGAACUUGGGCCGGUCCUCUAGUGCGUGGAUUGUUGUUGGCUCACUGUAUACAUUGCAUGAACUUGUUGGGAGUAAUGGUACGAUGACAACUCGUCAUUGGUAUUGCGUUGCGUGAUGCAAUCUAGCCUGACCUAUAAGACUUUGACAACCAUUUUAGACAUGGAUGGAAAUGAAUUGCAUCCGACGGGAUUUAGAGCCAAGUAGCUUUCUUGUACGUUAUCAUAAAUAAAAAUGUUUUGUUCUGUUUGACUGUAGCAAAGCAAAAAAAAUUCCUGAUGAGUUCUAUGCGGAGAGGACAAAAAAAAAAAGACUUUCUUUUUUGAUAUGCUUCGACUUUCUUUCUUUGUUGAUCGAACAAGUUUUGCCUUUCGGUUUGUUAAACGUAGGAUUAUGAUCUCACUGUUUGCAUUGAACGCCUGCCAAAACUUUAUUUUUCGUGCUCGACUC